CUUAAACUUCUCUUGCCUUGUUUACAAAUUGAAAACUCUGCUUUUUCUCUGAUCUUCUCUUUUACGUUUAUGAUUACUCAAUCCUACCGCAAAUUUUAGUAAUCAUGGUUGAUGGUGAUACUGCUAAAGAGGCUGUGGUGGACGAAAUCAAUAAGGAAGAAAAGAAGGAAGAAGUGAAGAAUGAAGAGAAGGAAGCGAAAAAGGAAGAGAAGAAAAUGAAGGCUAUUCAAUACUCUUCAUACGGGGGAGGAGCAAAUAAUUUGAAGCACGUUGAGAUUACUGUCCCUACUCCGAAGAAGGAUGAGGUUUUAAUAAAAACAGAAGCAGUAAGCAUUAAUCCACUCGAUAUAAAAGUGCAACAUGGUUCGUUUAGGCCCCUUUACCCGAAGGGAUUUCCUUGCGUACCUGGAGGCGACGUAACAGGAGAAGUUGUUGAGAUCGGAUCAGAGGUCAAAAACAUCAAAGUUGGUGAUAAAGUUAUUGCAAUGCUUAAUGUUUAUGCAGGGGGUGGAUUGGCUGAAUACGCUGUGGCUAGGGAGAUCUUGACAGUGCAGAGGCCCCCGGAAAUCCCAGCUGCUGAGGCUGCUGGCAUACCUGUUGCAGGUCUUGCAGCUUACCAGGCUCUAACUCAUCACGAUGGAAUCAAGCUGGACGGGAGUUCUUCAGACAAAAAUGUACUCAUCACAGCCGCUUCAGGAGGUGUUGGUUGUUUUGCAGUUCAGUUAGCAAAACUUGCAAAUGUACAUGUGACAGCAACCUGUGGUGAACGAAACAUAGAAUUUGUACGGAGUCUAGGGGCAGACGAGGUUCUUGACUAUAAAACAGCAGACGGAGCAGCUCUAAAGAGCCCGUCAGACAAGAAAUACGACCUCGUCAUUCACUGUGCUUCAUCCAUUGGCUGGUCGACGUUUGCACAUCAAUUGACAUCUCACGGGAAGGUAAUCGAACUGAACUCUGGCCCCAAGUCCUACUGGUCUGUUGCUCUGAGAAGAGUCACUUUCUCGAAGAAACAGUUGGUGCCUCUCUCUUUUAGUCCUAAAAGUGACCACUUAGAGAUUCUUGUUAACUUGAUGAAGGAAGGGAAGCUUAGGACAGCCAUCGACUCAAAACAUCCUUUCGACGAAGCAGAAAAAGCCUGGGCUAAGAGUGCUGAAGGCCAUGCUACCGGAAAAAUAAUCGUCGAGUUCUAAUAAUAACAAGUGUCGAAUGUGUCUGAAAUUUGUUUUCUGAGUAAUGUUGCAUAGAUUAGUUAUGAAACAUAUGCAAUAGUGUGUAGAUACUGCUAGAGUUGAACAAUGGUUUUGGAUAUGUAACUCUGAUAUGCAUGUAAGUCCAUUGUUACAUGCUUUGUUAAUAAGUCCAUUCUAUUGCAAAACAAGACUG